AAUACCUUCAUCUUGCGGCGUACGUGCUAUUUCUGUUCCACUCUUUAAACAUGUUACGUUGAGAGUGUGUCUUGUAAGUUUAUUUGAGCCAAUACACUUAGCUAACUCUGUAACUUUAAUGUUAUUAGCGAAAAGGUCUCAAACGUAACUCGGCACCGGCCAUGUUCAAGUUGUACGGUGAACGGCAGUUUGAAGAUCAAACAGGGAGAUACAGGGAGUGAAGGAAGUGUGAGGAUGAACUGUGCCAGCCCUCCACAAGAGGGCACAGAUGAUGUUGCUGAAGGAGGCUAAGUACCCUCCCUGGAGUGUUUCUGAUGACAUGCCUAGUUGAUGGUCGAGGUUAGAGAGUGUCAUCACAUCGGCGAGAGGAUUAGAGGAGAGAGGUUGUCUUCCAGGAGCUGUGUGGUCCCCCCCUACUCUUCAACCCUAAAUCCCAGCACCAAGACCCAAAUCCCUCUAUGAGCGAGGGAAGACCCGGUGAAGAAACGCAAGAAGAAAACUCAGAGAGGAAUCCUAGCCUUCCCUCUCACUCGGCCAGCACUCUGCUCUCUUGCCUUUCAGUCGACCACGGCUGCGAGAGCUGCACGGGUGUGAGUGAGUGGCCUGGCUGGAACUUAUCCCAUUCCCUUCAUCUUUCCAUUAAUCCUCCCAUCUAUCCACCCCGUCUCCUGUCGUCCCGGGCACCAUGCUGAUGCAGUGGCUGGCUUGGUUGGCCCUGCUGUCUCUGGACUGGGCUCCAGGCAGCUGGGCUUUCACCACCACCAGGGCUCAGGGCCUGAGGGGUCGCAUCCAGAGAGACCGCAGAAACAUCCGGCCCAACAUUAUCCUCAUCAUAACUGACGACCAGGAUGUUGAGUUAGGUUCUCUUCAGGUAAUGAAUAAAACCCGUAAGAUCAUGGAAGAUGGAGGCACAACUUUCACUAAUGCCUUCGUCUCCACACCGAUGUGUUGCCCGUCACGGUCCUCCAUGUUGACGGGCAAGUACGUCCACAACCACAACACCUACACCAAUAAUGAGAACUGCUCCUCUCCUUCCUGGCAAGCGCAGCACGAGCCACGCUCAUUCGCCGUCUACCUCAACAACACUGGCUACAGGACAGGCUUCUUCGGCAAGUACCUCAAUGAGUACAAUGGCAGCUACAUCCCGCCUGGGUGGCGCGAAUGGGUUGGAUUGAUCAAAAAUUCCCGCUUCUAUAAUUACACUGUCUGUCGGAAUGGUUACAAGGAGAAACAUGGUGCCGAUUAUGCCAAGGAUUAUUUCACAGAUCUGAUCACCAACGACAGCAUCAACUUUUUCCGCAUGUCCAAGCGCAUGUACCCUCACCGCCCUGUGAUGAUGGUCAUCAGUCACGCUGCUCCUCAUGGCCCAGAAGACUCAGCUCCACAGUACGCUGAGCACUUUCCAAAUGCUUCGCAGCACAUCACCCCCAGCUACAACUAUGCCCCAAAUAUGGACAAACACUGGAUCAUGCAAUACACAGGCCCCAUGAGACCCAUCCACAUGGAGUUCACCAACUUCCUCCAUCGGAAGAGACUGCAGACGCUCAUGUCUGUGGAUGACUCAGUCCAGAAGGUGUUUGAAAUGCUCGAAGAAACUGGGGAGCUGGACAACACGUACGUCAUCUAUACAGCAGACCAUGGCUACCAUAUUGGUCAGUUUGGAUUAGUAAAGGGCAAGUCCAUGCCUUAUGACUUUGACAUCCGUGUGCCAUUCUUCCUGAGAGGACCCAACAUAGAGCCAGGGGCAGUAAACCCUCAUCUGGUGUUGAACAUUGACCUAGCUCCCACCAUUCUCCACAUUGCUGGGCUGGAUACCCCUCCAGACAUGGAUGGAAAGUCCAUCCUUAAGCUGCUGGAACAGGAACGGACUGGCAAUAGAUUCAAACCCAACCGGAAACCCAAAGUCUGGAGGGACACAUUCCUGGUGGAGCGAGGAAAAAUCCUGAGGAAGAAGGAAGACUCAGUGAACACUCAGCACACCAACAGCCUUCCCAAGUACAAGAAGGUCAAAGAGACGUGCCAGCAGGCCGAAUUCCAGACGCCCUGCGAGCAGCCUGGACAGAAAUGGCAUUGUGUGGAGGAGAUCACAGGGAAGUGGAGGAUACAGAAAUGCAAAGGUGGUUCGAAAGAAGGCUCCAGGAAGAGGGCCCGCAGCCUGAGGCCCAGCAGCAGUUACGACAACAGAGAGAGGGGCUGCGACUGCGGGGACACUCUCCUCAGACCCUCCAGAAUGGACCGCCGUUCCCACAGACAGUCAUCUGGCUCAUCAGGACAGCGUUUUCGGCCACGUUUUGUCCACACCCGGCCGGCCAGGUCUCUGUCUGUGGAGUUUGAAGGUCAGAUAUAUGACAUUGACCUUCAAGCAGAUGAUCAGUCAGCUGUCCGCCGCCGUGUCAUCUCAAAGCGCCACUACACCCCAGAGGACCCAGAGUUUCAUUUGGGCUCAGAUGACGGUUCAGAAGAAAUGCUGGCGGAUGAUACCAAUGCUGUGGGAUACCCGAACUCUGUGAAAGUUACCCACAAGUGUUAUAUCUUGAUGAAUGACAGUGUCCAUUGUGAAAGAGAAAUCUACCAGUCCUCCAGAGCCUGGAAAGACCAUAAGAGCUAUGUGGACCAGGAGAUAGAAGCGCUUCAAGACAAAAUCAAAAACCUCCGGGAAGUAAGAGGCCACCUGAAGAGGACACGACCAGACGAGUGCGACUGUGGAAAGAAGAGCUAUUUUAGUACAGGAGACAGAAACAAGGCACAGAGAGUGAAGAGCAGGAAUGAUCAACUCCAUCCGUUUAAGGAGUCAGCGCAGGAAAUUGACGGGAAUGCCCAGUUGUACAACGAGAUCCGCAGAAGGAAGAAGGAAAGAAAGGAGAAGAAGAGACAAAGGAAGGGAGACGACUGCAGCCUGCCCGGCCUCACUUGCUUCACACAUAACAAUGACCACUGGCAGACUGCUCCCCUCUGGACAUUGGGUGGAUUCUGCGCAUGCACCAGCUCCAACAACAACACCUACUGGUGCCUGAGAACCAUCAACGAGACCCACAACACGCUGUUCUGCGAGUUCUUCACUGGCUUCCUGGAGUACUUUGACCUCAACAGUGACCCCUACCAGCUGACCAACACUGUGUAUACAGUGGAUCGGGAUGUACUGAACUCCCUCCAUGCCCAGCUAAUGGAGAUGAGGAGUUGUCAAGGUUACAAGCAGUGUAACCCUCGCCCAAAAGGCUUGGACACAGCACACAGCCAAUAUGGGACGGACGACAGGGUUAAGCUACCCAACUUGACAGACGAGGAGGUGAACUGGCAGGGACUGGAGGAUCUGUAUAGUAUAAACGAAAGCCUUUAUGAAUGUAGGCCUGACUACAGUCCCAGCCCCGACAACUGGGUCAACUUCCAGAAGGAUGUAGAUAUGUUUGCACUGCGACACGUUUUAGACAAAUUCAACCGAACCCUUGACGACUCCACCCUGCCAGAGCUGGGCUCCGGGGCCGGGGGCGGAGGCCUUGAAGAGGGCAGCGGACAAGAGUUGGCCUCAGCCAGCGACGUCUGGCCGGGCCUGGCCGCAGAGGCUCGCCUCACCACCCCCGCCCCCAGCAAAACGCCAUCAGCACCUCCCACACCCAGGCCCACACUGGAAAGGAAACUGGGACCUGUUGUCAAUGACCUUCCUGAGAGGCUUCUAAACAGACAUGGGGUGUCUGUGAUGUCAGCAACACCGGUGACGGUUUUACCAUCAGGUCCAAGAAGAGUUAUCUUCCAGAGCGACAUGUGGGCCCAGCAGCUGGAGGAGAUAGAAGGAGAGACGUUUAGCGGGAACGGACUGACAGAGCUGGAGACUCGACACGACAACCUGCUGCAUACUCACAACAGCCUGCAGGCCCAGCUGGAGCCUGGCCUGGGCCACGGAGAGGCAACAAGCCCUCAGGGUCUCGGCCUGGGCCUGGACCUCGAAGAAGAGGAGGACAUUUUCCAGGCCCAGGGCUUCCUCCCUUUCUCCCCACAGACGAUGAGGCCCAAGGUGCAGGCCAGCACCACCGGAAGCCCCCCCACCACACAGACUAGCCCCCCACAGAGUGUCAGGUUGGUACUAAAAGUGCUGCCUCAGUCAGCGCUGCCCCUCACCUUGGACUACGAGGGCAGCGGUUCUCUGCCUCAACCCUCCAAUCAGACCCUCUGAGGCAGAAGUAUGCGCUGGACAGUCAGCCAGCCAGCCAGCCAAUGAGCUGCUGGCCACCAUAGAGACACAGAGACACAGUGAUUGGGAGAUGAGCUGCCAAGAGCAAUGGCGAAUGAUGCCGCCUCAGUCAGUCAGAGUUGUACAAUGGUUAUUAAAGUUAUUGUUUAUUUUUUUACAGGUGCCUACAUUUAUUAGGAAACAGUGUUAUGACUUUUUUUUCAAAUACAUAUUUAGAAAAGAAAAAGCCUUAAUGCAGCUAAACUCUAAAAGUGUUGGGAUUAAAAAUGAUUAAUUCUGUAUGCAUAACACAUUGACGUUUUUAAUACGUUUUUAUGAAAAAACAAGUGUGUGUGGUGAAACCAUUUCAACAUCUGAAUGAAUAGUUAGCAUUAGUCAACUUUAGGUGCGCUCCAGUCUUUAAGGAAUCAUGAAUUAAUCCUAAACCUGCCCAGUCACAGGACGCUUCACCAGAACAGUGCCCACUCACUAUAUAGAUAGAGUUAAAUUUGACCCCAAAUGCACUUUUGAACUUUUCCAGUAGAUGACCCUGUUGAUGGAUAUGACAUUUGUUUCCAUUUGUAAAAUUCAAUUUUAUGAAAUGAUUAUUUCUACUGACUACUAUUGUCACUUCUGAGAAAGUUACAGAAUAAACAUAAAUACACAUCUGUUUCGCAAAUAACUAAAAAGUUUUUAAAUUUUUAAAAUCUAUUUUUAGCAUUUGUUUCUACCUCACAAUAUGACAUAAUACUAUCAGGAAGUUUAGACAAUCAUGGGACAGUUUAGCAUCUGAAUAAUCCGGCCACAUUACUUACUAUUCACUGAUUAGUUGCACCACUGCACCAGCUCUGAAUUUGCAGAGUUGCACAUUCGUCACUAUACAGAGUAUUUUAUUUUAUGUAGAAUUAUCCUUACUAAUCACAAGCAAAUGCUUACACAAUCACCGGGGUUAGAACAUGUUCAUUGUGUAACUUUUUUUUUUGGAAAUGUCACCAAUUCCUCGUGGUGUAAAAUGUAAAUCUUGUUGCACGUGGCCAAUUCAUUUCGAAUGUAACUUUAUUCCAACUGGUUAUAUGACAGCCCACUGUUAGUUUGAUCUAGGACAGUAUAUUCUGUAAAAUACUCUGCAGACAUUGCAUAAAGCCAAGUAUUCCAAUGUUUAACCUUUCUGCCUGUAGUUAAUCUCUGCUGUUAAGAACAACAGAGAUGGAUCUUCUGGUUAGGAACUGGUGCUGCAAAAACCUGAUGCUGUUCUUUUCUGACAGUGUGUGUGUGUACAACUGUUAGAACAUCUCCUGCUUUUGAAAAGCCAUGAAGCUGUUAAGAAAAUAAACCCUUUCAACCUUC